AUGCCCAACCUGCCAUUAGCAAUCGCUCUGCAUGCGACUGACAUCUGUCACUUGCAGAAGGGGCCCAUCGACUUGCGAUGGAUGGAUGGGUGGGUGGACGGUGUUGGCUGUGGUCAUGGCCGUGGGUGCGAGCCAGUGGCUGGCUUGCCCGGGCCCCAGGGCGGGGGCGUCGUGAUUAGUAUUAGUGGUGUUGUUGCUGGCUUCCCUGUCGAAUUUGGCCAGGCUGUGGGUGAUGUGUACUAUGCACUCAUGCAAGGACAGACACCGGAGCCCUGUAGUGGGUAUGGUAGCAGCAGCAGCAGCAGCAGUGAUGGUGGUGGUAGUGGUAGUGGUAGUAGUAAUGGUAGUAGUAGCAGUAGCAGCAGUAGCAGCAGCAUCAUCAGCAAUACUACCACCGCCACUACCACCAUCCCCAGCAACCAUCCGCCUCAUCAUCGUCAUCGUCAUCCCCAUCAAUACCACCAGAACAUAGCCGGCGACAAUGCACUGUCGUGCCAAUGUCGACUGUCGCAUGUCGCAACUCGGCGGGCGUGGGCUGUCGCACGGCGAAAACGCCUCUUCGGCCUUCCCAACGCUCGCAGUCGCAGCUCUAGCGCCUCUUCUGUGUUGCCUCGACACACGCACACAAGUCCUGCCCCCCGGAUGCUGGUACGCCUCCGUCGCACAACUGUCGACGCCUUUCAGCCACCAGCCUGGUUGAGUGCGGCGGCGGCAGCUGUCUGCCGGCUAUCGUGCCUGGUGCUGCGUGACAUGUACCACUCUGUCUUCCAGUCGUCGGGUACCUGGCUGCCCCUCAGGCACUCGCACUGCCUGCUCUUCCAACAUGCCGUCAUGACGGCCUCGAUUCGUGCUCGUGCAGACGGUGCAUUGCCCACCCGUACUACUUGCUACUACUAUUACGACGACGACGACGACGACUGGAGACGCGGUAGUAGGAGAGUCGAGGACAUUGAUGCAAGCUAG